AUGGCGAGUAAGCGCAAAGCGUCGGCAAUGGCCGCGGCAGUGGAUGAACAGCCCGUCGAUCCCUCGGACGAGCUGGCGUUCUACUGCCUCGGUGGAGGCAACGAGGUCGGGCGGUCGUGUCACAUCAUUCAGUACAAGGGAAAGACGGUAAUGUUGGAUGCCGGUAUGCACCCUGCAAAGGAAGGCUUCUCGGCGCUGCCCUUCUUCGACGAGUUUGAUCUCAGCACGGUGGAUAUUCUCCUCAUCAGCCAGUACGUGCGAACCUCCUGCCCUUUACAAAGUCCUCGUUGGUGCAAGUAUACAGUUCUGUCGGGAGCCGGAGGCUUCAAUGGGCCCCAACGCGCGAUGAUCGAGCCAGAAAUGUCACCCAGUUUCCUGUCAUUCCAUUCAAUUUUUCACGUCGACCAUUCGUCCGCUCUCCCAUAUGUCCUCAGCAAAACCAACUUCAAAGGCCGGGUUUUCAUGACCCAUGCUACAAAGGCCAUCUACAAGUGGCUCAUCCAGGACAAUGUCCGAGUCAGCAACACUUCUUCUUCGUCUGACCAGCGAACAACCCUCUACACCGAGCAUGACCACCUCUCCACACUUCCGUUGAUCGAGACAAUCGAUUUUAAUACAACCCACACUAUCAAUAGUAUUCGUAUUACGCCGUUUCCUGCCGGUCAUGUGUUGGGUGCAGCGAUGUUCUUGGUUUCGAUCGCCGGUUUGAAUAUCCUGUUCACUGGUGACUACUCGCGAGAGGAGGACCGUCAUUUGAUUCCAGCUGAGGUUCCGAAAGGGAUUAAAAUUGACGUUCUGAUUACAGAGUCCACUUUUGGAAUUUCUUCGAACCCGCCCAGGCUAGAACGCGAGGCUGCUCUCAUGAAGUCGGUGACUGGGGUCUUAAACCGUGGGGGCAGAGUCCUUAUGCCGGUCUUUGCUCUAGGGCGCGCUCAAGAACUACUCUUGAUCCUGGAAGAAUACUGGGAGCGACACCCCGAGCUACAGAAAAUACCCAUUUACUAUAUCGGUAACACGGCGAGAAGGUGCAUGGUUGUGUAUCAGACAUAUAUUGGAGCGAUGAAUGACAACAUCAAGCGGCUCUUCCGUCAGCGCAUGGCAGAAGCAGAAGCACGCGGCGACAAGAGCAUUAGUGCAGGGCCCUGGGACUUUAGAUACGUGCGAAGUCUUCGAAGUCUCGAGCGUUUUGACGACGUGGGUGGCUGUGUCAUGCUCGCAUCUCCUGGUAUGCUGCAGACUGGCACCAGUAGAGAGCUCCUGGAGCGGUGGGCCCCGAGCGAGCGUAAUGGAGUGAUCAUGACCGGGUACAGUGUUGAAGGGACAAUGGCAAAACAGCUCCUCAACGAACCAGAUCAGAUUCCAGCCGUCAUGUCCAAGGUUUCGACAAUGCCUGGUCGGGGCCGGGUCCCCGGCGCCAACGAUGAGGACCAGAAAGUGAUGAUCCCUCGUCGAUGCACAGUGGACGAAAUCAGUUUUGCAGCACAUGUCGACGGCGUAGAGAACCGCAACUUUAUCGAGGAUGUUGCUGCGCCUGUUGUGAUUCUCGUUCACGGCGAAAAGCACCAGAUGAUGCGUCUUAAGUCGAAGCUGCUGAGUUUGAAUGCGGAAAAGACCGUCAAGGUCAAAGUAUAUACGCCUGCCAACUGUGACGAAGUCCGUAUCCCCUUCAAAAAGGACAAGCUCGCCAAAGUCGUCGGGAAACUGGCACAAAUAGCGCCGCCCUCCGAGCAGGAUGACGGCCAUCUUAUGGCCGGAGUUCUGGUGCAGAAUGGGUUCAACCUGUCGUUGAUGGCACCCGACGAUCUGCGCGAGUAUGCCGGACUGACCACCACGACGAUCACCUGCAAGCAGCACAUCACACUGAGCUCGGCCAGCAUGGAUCUAAUCCGGUGGGCGCUGGAGGGCACUUUUGGCGCAAUAGAAACGGUUGGCAAGUCGCCUUCAAACAAAUUUCGUGAAAGUUCCAAGGAAAAUCCUUCAAACGAAGAGAUGGAGAAGAAGGAAGACGCAGACGAAGAGAUUCUCCGCGAAGAUGUCCAGAAAUAUCUCAUCAUGGGCUGUGUGCUGCUCAAUUAUGAUCCUCGAACGCGCGAGGUCGAGCUGGAAUGGGAGGGGAACAUGAUGAACGACGGAGUGGCAGAUGCCGUCAUGGCAGUGCUUCUCACAGUUGAAAGUAGCCCAGCCUCUGUGAAACAAUCCGCCAGAAACAAGCACCACCAUCAUCAUCAUCAUCACGACCACGAUGUCCCCCUCCCAAACCCCCAUUCAAACCUCGACCCUGAAGAACGCUUCCUCCGCCUCCUGAUGAUCCUGGAGGCUCAAUUCGGCUCGAAUAUCGCGCCGAUCGAGCGGCCCAAUAUCCCUGCGGAUCUGCUCCCCACCACCGAGACCGCCAGCCAGAACGGCGAGGACGGCGCCGAUGAUGACGCAGACAAAGACAAAAACGAAGACGAAGACAAGGACCGUCUCAGCUCACUCGAAGCGGCAGAGCUCGCCCGGCUGCAUGCCCUGGGGAUCCCCGUGCCGGGCCUCGAGAUCAAAGUCGACAAGCAUAUUGCGCGCAUCUGGCUGGAGACGCUGGAGGUGGAGUGCGCCAACGCCGUGCUGCGCGACCGCGUGCGCAUGGUCGUCGAGCGGGCCGUGGAGACCGUCGCGGCCAUGUGGGCGGAUGCGCCGGCGACAGCGAACGGUGCCUCUCCUGCACAGAGCGAUGAGAAGACAUUGACCAAUCUAGCGGAGGUGGAGAUAGUAGCCUGA